AAACAAAGCAAAACCUCACUCAAACGGUUCAUCAUCUUUUUUCAGUCAUGGACGCGACUCUCCACAUAACGCUUUUUCUGGGCUUUAUUUUUGCUUUCCUUGGGAAUAUACCGUGCUUUCAGUCUGCAGCUAUCAUCUCCCCAUCCACACCAAGAAGGCACCGAAUAACUAAAGCCUUGCAUCAGGACGGACAAAGGUCACACAAACUAUUGAAAGACAUUUUCUCGUAUUCAAAUACAGUAGGGAACCAGUUUCAUCAUCACAAAGACGAGUUUAAAGACGGCAUUGUGCCGCACGAAUACAUGCUUUCUAUUUACCGGACUUAUUCAGCCGCAGAGAAGCUCGGACUAAAUGCAAGCUUUUUUCGCUCGUCCAAGUCUGCUAACACCAUAACGAGUUUUGUGGACAGAGGAACAGACGAUCUUUUGCACUCUCCACUGCGAAGACAAAAGUACACGUUUGAUGUCUCAACUCUUUCGGACAAAGAGGAGCUGGUUGGUGCGGAAUUAAGGAUAUUUAGGAGAUCGUUGGGAGAUGUGCACAGUUCCCUUGGCCUCUACGACAUCCAGCUCUCCCCAUGCCGCUCGGACUCGCUGCUAGACUCCAGGUCUCUGGACCCUCUGGACGCCACCAAAGCGGGAUGGGAGGUUUUAGACGUGUGGGAAAUGUUUAAAAUGUACCCUCACAAACAUCAGCAAAUCUGCCUCCAACUGAGGGUCACUCUGGGUAAAACGGACGCUGAGGUGGAUCUGAGACAGCUGGGUUUGGAUAGAGCAGGCAGGUCUCAGCAGGAGAAGGCCUUACUGGUGGCGUACACCCGCUCAAAAAAGAGAGAAAAUCUGUUCAAUGAAAUGAAGGAGAAAAUCAAAUCGAGGAGAUCAGUGACUGAUAGAGAUGGUGCGGAUGGAGCAGUUAUUAGAGCCUUAGCUGAGGAGGAGGGCGUUUCAAUGCGGACUGUGAGGGGAGAAGGCCUGAGGAGGAGGAGAAGGACCGCGCUGAGCAAUAGACACGGCAAGAGACACGGGAAAAAGUCCAAAUCCAGGUGCAGCAAAAAAGCACUGCACGUGAACUUCAAAGAGCUCGGCUGGGACGACUGGAUCAUCGCGCCUCUGGAUUACGAAGCGUACCACUGCGAGGGAGUAUGUGACUUCCCGCUGAGGUCACACCUGGAGCCCACCAACCACGCCAUCAUACAGACGCUUAUGAACUCUAUGGACCCCAACAGCACGCCUCCGAGCUGCUGCGUGCCCACCAAACUCAGCCCCAUUAGUAUCUUGUACAUAGACUCUGGUAACAACGUGGUCUACAAACAGUACGAGGACAUGGUGGUGGAGCAGUGUGGGUGUAGGUAGCGGACCUUCAGCUUCCAUUAAGCGUUCACUGAUCCCAUUGUUUGGCUAAAAGGUGCUUUCCCCCCAAAAUUAACGACGCGCCUUAAUUUAAAGGGAUGCACAUAGGCUGCUAUUUAUUUUCACACCAGAGUGUUCCUUUUCACCCACCAGUCUAUCAAGCAGGCUUUUGUUCCCCGCGGUGCCUUAAAAGUGGCGUCCAAACUGUGCACCUGUUCCGUGCUAAGGCCAGGGGACUCGGGACGCGGUUGGUCCGUGUGAUGUGAAUGCGCUGUUGUAUCUUUGCCAAUGUGCACACUUAUUCUGGACGCUUUUGGUUGUGUGCAUCUUUCCAAAGGCCAGUAAUUGUGUUACUGUCCAUCUGGGGUCAAUGGGAAGCCCCCGAGUAACAAGUGCAUAUUUCGCCCCCGACGAAAAAGAAGGGGCAAAAAGUCUAUGAACCAAACACACAGAGACACACAAGUGAAGAUAAUGCCUGCAUGAGAUUUAGCACUGACACGGGGCGCACAUAUAGGGACAGUGUUGGAGCGUGAUACAUAUAGGACAUAAAGGCUAUUUCUAUUUGGACUGGUGCGUAAUAAUACAGAUUAUUGAACAAGAUUAUUGAUCAGAAAGUAAAGCGUAUUAUUGUGGCAUUGACAGAUCAUAAUGAAUGAAGAAGCCUAAGCUAUUUUACCUACAUUCUACUUAGUUCGUUUUGGCUGAAAAAUGACUUUACAACCAAAUCUUAAAAGUUGUCAGCCAAAAUUAAGUCUUAGCCUGUAUAGUUUUGUCUUGGACGAAUGUUUGUAAAACACAAUUGGAUUUAUUACCGGUAAAAUCCGAUGUAUGGCAAAAAUAGGCCUAUCUUGGAACAGAGAGGGAAGUUGAAAGCCUUCAAAAAGAACGAGGAUGGACUCGCUGUUGAGAGAGUGAGUGGGUCCCUAUAAAAAGCACACAAUACUGAGGCAUCUUUACUCAAUGCACUUCCACUGAGAGAGACUGAUGAAUAGAUAUAUAAAAAGAAAGACUCGAUACGAGACAAUAUUUAAAUGCACAUUAGCUUUGAAUGCACUGCUGUUCAUUAUUUCUUUGUGUAUAAUAUUUGUAAAUAAUCUAGAAAGUGCAACAAAUGGAGAAAUGAACAAGCGGCAUUUCUUUGUAAAUAUACAAAUGCACUCAAAUUGGUAUAAUUUUUAUUCUAUAAUUAUUUUAUUAUUUGUGAUGUACAGAGUUUCAUGAUAAUCAUAUAUUUCUUACAUUGAUGAGAGUAAUUUAAGGUGUACUAUUAGAUGUGUCUGUUGUUUUGCAGAGAGUGGAAAAUACCGUCCAUAUUGUCUACCUCAUAAUUGCUUCAUAGGAUCUGAGUUUGAGGUGCAUUCACUUAGAGUGUAAAGAGCUUUUUUCAAUGAUAUACUUUAAGAUCAUUUAUAUACAUAUAUUACUGGAUAAUAUUUCACACCAUUACUGUACAAAUAAAAUCUAAUUGAAAUGACCCACCCCAGUUUUCA